AUGAACACAACACUAGAAAACAACUAAGAAAAUAAUCAGAUAGAGUAAAUUUAAAAAAAAGUGAAGAUACAAAAGCCAAAGAAGGCAGAUUUUAGAAUGCACGCUCACGUCAAUCCUCUAAAUGAAACCUUAUUUCCUUAUCCCCUAAAUUACAAUUAAGUUGAUUGGUCAUUGCACUAUCCUAAAAAGUUUGGAAAGGAUCCCUUAAAAUUAUACCUCAAUACUUUAGAAUACCCCAUUACUUAUGAUGACUAAGUGAAUCCUGAAUGCUCAGAAUCUAUAGUGGAUUUUCUUGAUAUGUAAGUCAACCUAAUAAUAAAUAAGCGGCUGUGGAUUUGGAGGAUUAUGUUUUGCCUUAAGCGAAAAUUAUCCUGAAAAGUACACUUUUGGUAUGGAAAUCAGAGGCAAGGUGGUUAACUUUGUAGGAGAAAAAAUAAGAGCCUUAAGAGAUGAAGACUAAGCUCACAAUGUUUCAGUGAUUCGUACUAAUACUAUGAGACAUUUGCCUCAAUACUUCAGAAAAAACAGUUUAGAGAAAAUCUUCAUUUGCUUCCCUGAUCCACAUUUCAAAAAGAAAAACUUUAGAAGAAGAAUUGUCAAUCCAGGACUUCUCUCUGAAUAUGCUUAUCUAUUGAAACCAAGUGGAAGAAUCUACUGUAUAACUGAUGUAGAAGAAUUGCAUAACUGGCAUGUCCAACAUCUUGAAAAGCAUAAGAUGGUAUUUAUGAAAGAAUUAUCAUAAGUUUAAACGAGUUCAAGAUGUUGAAUAAGAUUCUGCUGCCAAACUCAUUUGGAAUUCUACUGAAGAGGGAUAGAAGGUUGAGAGAAAUAAAGGGUCCAAAUUUAUUAUUGUUUGCGAAAAAGUAUGA